GCGGGGUUGGACUUCUUGACUUUUGGUGAUCAAGAUCACUGCCAGUUUGGCUUUUUGUCUGCAGGGAGGAAAUGAAUUCCUGUUCACUCUGCAGAUUUUAGCCCCCUCGGUUAGAUGGUUACACCCUGUUUAGACUUUCUUUUCUGUAGAAGGGUGUCUUCAAGUAUGUAGCCGGGUGCGAAUGUGUGCGAUGCCCCUAAUGUUAUCGACAACACAUCUUGUGCGCUGGGCUUUUACUCUGGCGAUUGCGAUAUUUCCCCUGGAAAAUAGAUCUCCACAUCUUGGCUUCGAUAGUCGUUCCUGCAUAUCCCAUCGUAGUUGUAUCUUCCUACAUAUUGAAGCUGGCCACGUCACCAGAGAAGAAUCCACAAUAACGAGGGAAGUCUUGACAGCUCCAUGCAGGCUACCACGCGAGGUGACAUCGACAGCAGUAACUCGGGCGGCAUGUUCCAUUACUUUGCCUGAGGUCGCUUUCGAAGAGAGAUUGAAUGAUGACCACGAGUGCAGUCAGCUGCUCCCCCACGCUAUCGCAGUCCAAGAGCCAUACAACGCAAUUAUGGAGAGGAUUCGCCAAAACCAGCUCGGGACUGCCCAGAAAGGACAAGCGGAGGUAGUCUGCGCCCCCAAAUCGCAAAGGCUUGCACUAGUGUGCUGCAGGCGUACUCUGCCACCAGUGGUACAGCGAUAAGGCCAGCUUUGUCGGCUUUGGCAAACCCUUUACGCGAAUUUCGUGCUCCUGUGAGAUGAUGCUCUGAAGUUCGACCGUAUUGAUUCUGGGAGCUGGAAAGCUCAAUUUGAGAGUCGUACUGAACUUGUUG